AGCGUCAACUUGAAGGCUUCCUUUUUUUUUUGUUUUUGUUUUUCUUCUCUUUUGGCCAACUCCUCUUUUCUUUGUUGUUUCCUUAUUGACUUGACCUUUCCCAAAGUAUGCAACUUUGUUCCUACCGUUAGGUGAAGCUUAAAGAGACCAUGUUCCUUCUCAGACCCAGGAGACUCAUCUUACUUGAGUUUACUCCUCCUCUGCCUCUUCCUUCUACUGAUACUACACAGCUUCUUCACAAUGCUUUUUGUUCAAAGGAUGUUCCAGGAGCACAUCAUCCGCAGAGGCCGGAGGUACAUUAGAAGGCUUAACUCUUGCCUUUUGAACUCAACGAUGCAGUCUUAUUGGGAUGAGAUUGAAAACUUCAAGAAUAAAGUGUUCGAUGAACUGACUACAAAAGAUGAGAAGGUGUUGGAGAUUGGUAUUGGGACAGGUCCUAAUAUGAGAUACUUCGCCGCUCGUAAUGUGAAUGUAACUCUUCUUGGGUUGGAUCCAAAUCCUAAAAUGAAGAAGUAUGCACGCAAAGCCGCUGUGAGAGCAGGAUUGAAUCCUAAAAACUUUAGAUUCAUGCAAGGAGUAGGAGAGGCUAUACCAUUAGAAGAUGGUUCUGUGGAUGCAGUCGUUGCAACACUUGUUCUAUGUACUGUUUCCGACGUCACUCAAACACUCAAUGAAAUCAAGCGAGUGCUGAGACCAGGAGGGCGUUUCAUCUUCUUAGAACAUGUUGCAGCAGAAGAUGGAUCUCUCUUCAGGCGUUUGCAGAAACUGUUGGAUCCAUUGCAGCAGAUAUUAGCAGAUGGAUGCCAUUUGACAAGAAACACGAGAGAGUGCAUCUUGGAAGCUGGUUUCAGCGGUGGUGCCCAAAUAGAGACGGUGUCGAUGUAUAGUUUCCCGUGGGUAACAAGACCUCAUAUCUAUGGAGUAGCUUACAAGUAAGACUAUACAUCAAGUAUCAGCUCUGCUCAAAUGUGCGAGGCUGUAGACGGGUUUUGAACUCUGAGAAAGCUAUGUUUGAUGUUGUUACUGAGUGUUGUUUGUUUCAUUAAAGAGAGAGACAGAUGCCAAUUUUAAUGAAAUUUCUUUAUAAGACAACAAGUCUUUUAGAAUAUGUUUUGUAUUCUAAAUUUAUGUUAGGUUUUAGUUUUAUUUUUGUUAUCGACAAUUUAUUACAAUGAUGUUUUACUUUUGGUUUAUUCAGAUUUUAAGUUUAAUUGUACUAUUCACAUUAAACAUUUAAAUAUUAUGAAUUUUAAGUCUUGAUAUUUUUGUUAGAUGCCAUAACUCUUAACUUGUUAAAUAAAUUAAAUAGUUUAAACUAUUUUUUGAUAUUUUGUAUGCCAAAUGAAAAUAAAAAUAUAGAAACUAAAGUUAAAUAUUUUUUAAAUAUUUUUGAAACAUAAAAUAUGUACAUAUCAAACUAUUAUUUUAUGUUUUAAAAAUAUUCAGAAAAUAAUUAUUUUAGUUUUUCUAUUUUUAUUUUCAUACCUAAUAUAUUAUUAUAUAAUAAAAUUAUUUAAUUUACUAACCCGCGGUUCGCUCGCGAUCGACCCAAUAACACGGUGAUCCGGUAAGUCGUCCGGGUCGGAUUUCAAAACAUUGCUAUUAAUGUUCUUAUUAAGCUUCUCUUAUUGUUUUGAUGUCAUUAUUAACUGAUUCAGUGGAAUUACAUCAUAACCCUCCAACCGAUAACUUAUCCACUUUUACCAAGAGAGCAUCCACAAAAACAAAAAUCAACUUCGCAACUGUGAAAUCCGACAGCCAUCUUCAUUUCGUGAAAUACGACAGCCAUCUUCUUCUUUUUUUGAAACUGACAGCCAUCUUUAAACACCACAUAUUCAUGCACUAAUCAACUCCACACAACUACCACUACCAUAACUAGUUAUAUCUCUAUUACUUUUCUAUUAAUGCUCGUCAACGAAAACAAAAUAUUUAUGUCACUUUUGGCAUAAACAAAUCCAGUGUGCUUCUCUUUUGCAAAAUGUCUCUUGAUGUUAUGAAGAGUUAAUAAAUGCCUCUUAAUGUAAUGAAUUCAUACUAUAAUGGAAAGUUUUUCCUUUUUCAAAAAUAAUGGAAAGUUCUUUACUUAUUGAUCUCUUGUAAAUGCGUAAUUUAUCGACACAUUACACUCACAAAAUAUUGAUUAUACUCAAAUAAAGAUGUUUUACAAUGACAUUUGAAAUCAUAUUGUAACGAGUAGUUGGCAGGUCCAAUAAGUUUACAUGACGCAGAAGACUCGCGGUCUUAAUCCGAACUUUAUUUUAAAAUGGCCGACAUUCACUUAUUUUUUGUUAGUUAACCGUUUAGUUAUGUUGCGUACUUACUUGUGUGAUCAUUACAUAUAUACUAUGUGAUUCUUUCGAGCAUAUGCACCGAUUUAAAUAUUUCCAAAUAAAUAAAUUGAUCUAUAUUUUUCUUUCAAAUAUUUAUAAGUUUUAAAUAAUUUAUAUAUAAAAUUAUAGAUUAUUUUAAAUAAUAUUAUCUUACUAUUUUAGUUAGACAUGUAAUUUUAAGAAUAGCAUACAUGAUGAAAUCGUUGAACUGUUUAGAAAAAGUAAUUGACAAAUCUACUGCGGAUCGUGGCGACGAGUCUUAAAUCGUUGAUGGUUCUUUAUUUGAGAGUGAUGGAGUUCUUGCUGCAAACUAUGGUUACUUCAAAAAACAGCAUGAAAUUCUAUGGAACGGUAAUCUUUUGACUCUGUUAUUAUCAAUAUAGCAAUAGAAAGAAUUGUCUUAUCUCGGUGACUCCUACUGGAGUAUUACAAAGAGAGUGACAAUCGUUUUCAAUUCAGUAAGCGCGAUAUUUUUGGAUUUAUACGAAAAUUAUCUUUUUUGAGAUUCAACUAUUUCAAAAGAAAAUAUUAAAAUUUUAUGAAAAAUCUUUAAUCAUCCAUACGCAAAUAAAUAUGUAUUAGUUUACUUUAGAUUUCUAUUGGUGUAUCUCUUUUUUAUAUUUGUUUUUCUAGUUUACAUUGUUUCGAAACUCUUUGUCUAGAAAACUUAUAAUACGACGAGAGUUCAAAAAUAAUAAUAAUGGAUGAUAUACUUUAUGUCACAUGGAUAUGAUCUCUUUGAUCCAAAUUCAGUUUCUUAUUAUUGCACUUGAUAUAUAUCUUUAUAGAGCAUAAUACUUAAUGUUUAUAUUGAUAUCUGAUCUAUAUAACAAAGUUUUUCGAUCCGCUUGAUCCGUAUCGUGUGAUCUUCUUUUAUCAUCCGGAGCUUAUUUCAUUUGGAUCACAUUUGCUUGGCAUAACACAAGAAAUACAGUUAUCUCGUAUCAUAUUUGUAUUAUGUACCGCUGAUGUAAUCAUAUCCUUAGUGGAUUCACUCACACUCACAGUUUUGGUGUUACACUGUUAGGAUACCUAUAGUUUUUUUAUGUUAUCUUUCUCGAUCUUCUGGAAACACAUGAUUGAUGCCACACAUAUCAAUGCCCAAAUAAUACAAACACGUGGCCUUUUCUGACAGACUGUAUUUUUAUUAAUACAAAUAAAGAUGAUCAAUUUACAAAAAGUAGUUUAGAAAGACUAUAAAAAAAACGUUUUGCUCUGCAUUAUAUUGAAACGAGUGGUUGGCUUGUCCAAUUUUUUUAUUUUUUUGACAUAUCGUGCUUACUUCUGUUUCAGUUUCAUUGAUAUUAUUUAUAUUAAUUUUAUAUUUUAAUAUAUUUUUUAUUGGUUGAAAAGUGGUUAGAUGUAUUAGUAACAGAUGAAAAUACGAAAUCUACAAGCGCUCAUCUACGAUAUAAACUGAUCACAAACAUUCAAAAGAAAACUCACAGAAGUGGGGUCCGCAAAUUUUUAUUUAUAAAGUAGAAGCUGAGUUAAUUGCCUCUUUGGAAACACAGUAGGCACAGUAGGCACGGCCAUGACGAUUACAAAUGACACGAGAAUCAUACUGAACGAUCAAUUGGCUUAUUGGUCCAAUUAUUUUCAAUGUCCUGCAUAAAUUAUUUAACAUAUGUUUUCUAUAUUAUUUAUCUAAUAUCAUAUAAUAACAAUACAAAACAUGCAUUAUAAUUUAUAAAAUAAUUUUACUUCAAUAACAAUUUUACUUCGCUAAUGAUUCAUUAAUGGCAUAUUUUUUUAUUUAUAAAAUUCUUUUUUACCUAUAAAAAUAAUUUUACUUCAUUAAUGAUUUAUAAAGAUUGAUCAGAUUAACUGUAUAAAAGUAUUAAUAUAACUUAACUGUAUAACAGUAUAAAUAUAAUUUACUACGAAUAUUUUGACUAAUUAAUUAUAUAUAAUCAUUCACUACAUAUUAAAAUCUUAUUUUGUUUUUAUAAAUAUUUAAAACAGAUUUACAUCAAAUAAUAAUAAUGAAUAAUUGAUAACAAUAAUAAAAAUAUUAAAAACAU